CGCAGCCCUCGUACUAAGAACUCGAAUUAUCGUUAACACUCUAUAUCUGCAACUUCGUGUCUAAGUUUCGAGCAGGAUGGAAGAGAUGGACGUUGAAAAUGAAGAAAGUAAUGAGAAAGGAAUCUUUCAAGAAGACAUGUACGAAACUGAGGAGAAGAUGAUAAGCAGCGAUACAGACAAGCAAAUGGACGUAAAGGUCAAUAACAGGGAUGAGUCUGAUAGUAGUGAUGACGACGGCGACGAUGAUGAGGACGCUAAUGAGGCGGAAGUAAAAUCUUUAGAGUCUAACCUGGCGAAGAAUUCGUACGACUAUGGUAGUCACUUAGCUCUGAUCAACAAACUGCAGAAAAUGGGCGAGCUGAAACGUUUGCGAACCGCUAGAGAGAAUAUGAGCAUUGUGUAUCCAUUAAGCCCUGAGCUCUGGCUCUCCUGGAUACAAGACGAAACAAGUUGUGCAACCACAGCUGAGCAGAAGAACAAUAUAGUCGAACUUUGCGAGCGAGCUGUCAAAGAUUAUCUAUCUGUAGAAGUAUGGCUGGAGUACUUGCAGUUCAGUAUUGGAAAUAUGUAUACAGAAAAAGAUGGGCCUAAAAGUGUUCGUCAACUCUUUGAACGAGCUUUGACUACUGUUGCAUUGCAUACUGUCAAAGGAGCCAUCAUAUGGGAAGCAUUCCGAGAAUUUGAAAACGUUCUAUUGACACUGAUCAAUACUGAAAAUAUAGCUGAAAAGAAGGAACAAUUGGAGCGCAUUGGCAAUUUAUUUCGACGUCAAUUAGCUUGUCCUCUUUUAGACAUGAAUAAGACGUACGAAGAAUACGAAUUGUGGCGCGCAGGAAACAGUGCUGAAGUAGUUAUAGAUGAGAGUAUUCUCUUAAGAGGUUACGAACAGGCUACUAUAAAACUGAACUCCCUUCUUGCUUAUGAAGAAAAGCUUAUCUCUGCGCAAGGAGAAAACGAACUGCUCGACGCUUACAAAGGAUAUUUAUUAUAUGAGAAACAGCAAGGCGACCCAGGACGUAUUACAGUUCUAUACGAAAGAGCGAUAACCGAUUUAAGUCUAGAUGUGUCAAUUUGGUUAGAUUAUAUCACUUAUUUAGAAGAUAAAAUCAAGAUUGAAACUGUGUUGGAUCCGGUUUAUCAAAGAGCAUCAAGGAAUAUUCCAUGGUGCUCGAAGAUUUGGCAAAAGUGGAUAAGAUCGUAUGAGAGAUGGCAAAGGCCUGUACUAAAAGUACAGGAAUUACUAGAGAACGCCUUGACUGUUGGCUUCUCAGUAGCAGAAGAUUGUCGAAAUUUGUGGAUCACAUAUCUUGAGUAUUUGCGACGUAGAUAUGAAAUAGUUCUUGAAGAGGAAGAAAAACGUCUGGACAUUCUCCUUGACACGUUUAAUAGAGCAUGCGACUAUAUGGCUCAGUAUUUCGGAUUGGAUGGCGAUCCUGACUGUAUUAUCCUGCAAUAUUGGGCGAGAACCGAAGGAAUACACGCAAAUAAUAUGGAGAGAGCUCGAGUACUGUGGGCUGAUAUUCUCUCACAAGAACAUUCCACAAAAGCUUCCUACUGGCUGGAAUAUAUAGCAUUGGAAAGAUAUUGUGGUGAUACAAAGCAUUUAAGGAAACUGUACCAUAAAGCGUUGGCCUCGGUAAAAGACUGGCCAGAAGGUAUAGCAAAUUCGUGGAUAGAUUUUGAACGCGAUGAAGGUAAUUUAGAACAUAUGGAAAUCUGUGAAGUAAAAACGAAAGAAAGGUUUGAGAAAAUUGCGGAAGAAAGGCAGCAAAACCAAGAAAUUUCCACUGAAAGCAAGUCCUCUAUACAGAAUAAAAAAGCGAAUAAACGAAAAUCUGACGACACCGGCAAAUGGAAAAAUUUGAGCUGUUCUCAAUCAAAGAUCGUAAGAAAAAACAAAACACAAGCGAAACCGAAGUUACAAGAGAAUCGUUUGAAUAUUAAUAUCAAACCAAAUAAUAAUGAAACAGAAUCGAAACCGGAAAUUAUAUCACCGCCAGACUCUAAAACUACAAAAGAUGAAGAGAUUGAUGGAAAUAAUCAGAAGAAAGUAGACAAUAAUAUCACAAUUUUCAUCAGUAAUCUGGAUUAUACAGCAACUGAAAAGGAAGUAAAAGAUGCUCUGAAACCAGCCGGAUCAAUAAUAUUAUUCAAGAUGAUCAAAGAUUACAAGGGACGUAGUAAAGGAUAUUGUUAUGUGCAAUUAAGCAGUCUGGAAGCCGUGGAAAUAGCUUUGAAGUUAGAUAGAACCGUAAUAAGAGGGCGUCCUAUGUUUGUAUCAAGAUGCGAUCCUAACAAAAGUACCAGAAACUCCGGAUUUAAAUAUAAUUCUACGCUUGAAAAAAAUAAACUAUUUGUUAAAGGACUUUCAGUUAUAACAACAAAGGAGGAACUUGAAGAAAUAUUUAAGAUUUACGGAGCUUUGAAGGAAGUUCGUUUAGUUACUUAUCGUAACGGUCAUUCAAAGGGCUUGGCUUAUGUUGAAUAUUACGACGAGAUAAUCGCUGCAAAGGCCCUUUUACAUACCGACGGCAUAAAGAUUCACGACAGAGUUAUCAGCGUAGCCAUAAGCCAACCGCCCGAUCGCAAAAAAGCUCAAACUGUAGAAGACAACGAUGGACAGAUCAAGUCGUUAGGUGCAACAACAACUAGCCGUACAGCGUUCGGUGUGCCUAAAACUUUAUUGUCCAUGGUACCUCGUAAUGUUAAAAUUAAUAGUAGUGAUAGCAAUAGUACUAAUGGCAGUGCAAAUCUGACUGGAAAUGGAGUUGCACAGUCAAUGAGUAAUCAAGAUUUCAGAAAUAUGUUAUUUAAUAAAAAAUAAGUUGUUAUAUUGCACAUGAUAAUGCGUUACUUUCAUCUAUUGUUUACAAUGACUUGAAAAAUGUGAAAUACAAAAUAUGCAUUUUAUGUAUAAAAUAAAUGUUUAAUAUUAAAUUCA